UUUUGGGGUAUAAAGUGGGUGAUGGCAGUUGAGGUGUGUGGCGUCGGGUCCCAGGGUUGGGAUCCUGGCUGGCAGUCCCCUUCCAUUCACGGUGUUGGCCGCACGCAUCUUCAGCAACAGUUGGUCUUGACUUCACACACACACACUCACGUUCGCACAGUGUCUUCUCCUGCACCUGUGGUGGUGGCUGCAGGUCUAAUUGGAUUGAAGGAUACAUCAUUUAAAACUAGACAAAUCAUGGUCUGCAAGGGGGUGGAGAAGGAAGAGCAUAUUCAUCGAUGUCUGUGGGAAAAUGUGGGUCCAGUGCCAGACCAGCCAUUUGCUCAGUAUGUCAUGGACAAGAUGAAAUUUUCUGCAGAGAAAGAUGCACUAAUAGAUGCAGUAUCGGGCGAAAAAUUUAAAUAUGGUGAUGUGAUUUCCUUGGUUCGUAACCUAAGCUAUGGCUGGCAAGAAACUGGACUUGAGGCGUGUCAUGUAGUAUGCUUGGUGACGCCCAAUAGUAUCCAUGCCCCACCAAUUUUUCUCGCUGCGGUCGCAUCCUCGGCUGUGGUGACCCUAGCGAACCCCCUCUACACUCCAGAUGAACUGCGUCGGCAUAUCAUUGACAGUCAGUCAAAGUGGGUCAUUGUCCAUCCACUUUUUCUUGCUACUGUUCAAGCAGCUACAAAGGAUUUGGAUGACUUAAAGGGUAUUUAUCUGUUGGGAAAUGAAGCCAAAGAUUCUGUAGAAGCCGUGUAUAGCCUAAAGAAAGAAGCUCCUGACAACUGGGAGUGCCAGGGUGUGUGCGGUGAUAAAGUGGCCCAUCUGCCCUACUCCUCGGGCACUACAGGCCUACCCAAGGGUGUUCAACUUACAGCAACAAACUGGCUGGCAGUUCUCUCAACUGUUGGGAGAAAGGAGUACUUAUAUAUAAACCAUGAAGAUGUUGUUUUAGGAAUUUUGCCAUUUUUCCAUACUUUUGGGAUUGGCUUAAUGCUGGCAUCCCUCACCCAGGGAGCAACUAUGAUCACUCUACCCCGAUUCAUUCCAGAUCUUUUCCUGAAUGCAAUUCAGACUUAUAAGGUUACGGUAUUACCACUGGUACCCCCGCUGGCCAUUUUUGUGGCCAAGCAUGAAUUAGUUGAACACUUUGACCUGAGCUCGGUUACUAAUGUGUUCUCUGGAGCUGCUCCUCUUUCUGGAGAGAUACAAAAAUUACUCGCUGAGCGGCUUUCAGGAGUCACGGUGAGACAAGGUUUUGGAAUGACCGAGACUACAUUGGGAACCCUGUCAAGCGAGUCUCGUGACGUGGGAGCAGUUGGAAGCGUUGUUGCUCACUGUGAAGCCAAGAUUGUAGAUAUGGAAUCUGGAGAUUCUCUUGGUCCUGGUGAACGUGGAGAGCUGUGCUUCAGAGGUGCAAUCAUAACUAAGGGUUACUUAAAUAAUGAAGAAGCAACAGAAGAACUAAUCGACUCGGAAGGAUGGCUUCACACGGGCGAUGUCAGCUAUUAUAAUGAGAAGAGGGUCUUCUAUAUUGUGGACCGCAUCAAGGAACUUAUUAAAUACAAAGGCUUCCAGGUUCCUCCAGCAGAGCUUGAAGGAUUGUUGAUGACCCACGAGGCUAUUGCUGAUGCUGGCGUUAUUGGUGUGAAAGAUGAAGAGGCAGAAGAGCUGCCCAAAGCUUACAUAGUGCUUAAACCUGGGAGAACUGUUGUACCAGAAGAUAUUGUUAAUUGGGUAAAAGAACGGGUAGCACCUCAUAAGCGCUUGCGAGGUGGCGUUGAGAUUACUGAUGUUGUCCCACGAUCAUCUGCUGGCAAGAUACUCAGAAGAAAACUAAGGGAACACUUCAACGUAUAAGAGAGGUGAAGUCUGCACGUGAAUGAUUCAUGUGCACUUCAGAUUAAAAUGAAUAUCCAAAGAAAUUAAUCACGUUCUAAAUAAAGUACAGUAUCAUAUUUAAAAAAACAAAUACUUUGUGAAUAAUAUGGAAUUGAAAUAAUAAAAGAGGAUUCAUACAAUUAAAAAUGAAAAGCAUAAUGUUCUAUAUUUUUUUUUAAAUAUAUAACAUUUCACCAUUAUUCACCUCUGGGCUGGUGCCUUCCCACUCCAUAAAAGUGGAAAAUAAGGUAAUGAAUGACUAAAAAUAAGUACGUAUCCUAUCAUUUGAGGUAGUUUUGUACCACUAAAACACAUCUUUGAAAAGUCCUUAUUACUGUUACAUAUUUAUAUUUGUUAUGUGUCUUGUCAUAAUUUUCAAUUGGAAGAAUUCUGGAAACUUUUAACUACCGGUACGUUCUUGGCUUGACUAACUUUUCAGCAAGAGCAUAAUUUACUAAAUAAAUAUUUUAAAAUUCUUUAAUUAAAAAUGAGUGCAUGUCAUUUAAAUUAAUUAUAUUGAAGUUAGUGAAGUUUAAUUUGUUUUACAGAAAACUAAGCAAUUUUUUCAUAAUGAAUUAGUAUACUGUACUUGAAUAGGGUUUAUAGUAUAUUGUACACGUGCAUAAAUGAAUGUACGCUGGCUUCGUUUAUCCUUGGUAAAUCACAAAAAAAAAAAAGUUUGUUCACUAUAGCUGACUUGUCUGCAGUACACUGGAAUCUCGGUUUUUGUAUGUCCCUGUUUUCGUAUUUUUUGGUACUCGUACUCAAUUUCUUAAAAAUUAGAUUUGGUACUCAUUGUUUUCCUCAGUGUUCGGAGUUUGUUUAUACACAUACGGGUCCACCGAGCAUGUGGCACUUCAGUUUACCAGUGUCUCCUGC